UUACCCUACCUCAAUCAUGUCUCAACCCUCGAAUGGCACCAAUAGGCCUGCCUCCUUGUCUAGAUCCCAAGAUUCCGCACCCUCGUUGUCACCCAAUGUCUCUGGCAAUUCCACUCCCAAUUCCAUACCGUCCACUUCCAAUUCCAUGCCAUCUACCUUUGAAUUCACCAAGCGGAAACGCUGGGCAGAUCUUCUGAUACACGAAUUGUCAGAGGCGAUUAUUUUUGUGCUCUCCAACGAGUGCAAGGUCUUAUUUUGCUCAAGGGCCGUCUCAGAAUUACUGGGUUGGCGAGAUACAGAACUCAUCGACAAGGAUCUCGUCGACUUGGUCAAUGGCGAAGAUAAGCAUGCCUUCCGUGCGUCGUUUGAGCAUUCACUACGCUCGCGCGUGGAAAUGUUGUCCUAUGUUCGGUUCAAGCAUCAAAACGAGUAUCCCUCUCCUGCCAAAGAGGUUCUCUUCGAAGUCAAGGGUUACCCACACUACAUUGAUGAUGAACAAUACGCGCGCUGCUUUUUCGCAGUGGCAAAACCAUAUCCGAGUCGGAACACAGCAAUGUUAAACACAUUCCUCGAGCUCAAGAUUGAAAAUGAACGGUUGCAACAGCGCCUCGCAGACCUCAGGGUCCGAAUGCCCCCACCUUCUAUUGCCCAUACUGGUCAACCGAUGACUUCCAUGUAUUCUACGCCUUCCAGUUCUCGUUCGACGGGGACCCACCGCCCUGUUACCGACUUGCCCCCCACGUGUUAUGCCACCCAUCAAACCAGCACCUCAUAUGAUGAUUUGGUAACACAAACAAACCAUCAUCAACCACGAGGCUUUACUGAUCCUUCCAACAUGCUCACAUACGGUAGCUACAUUCUCACCGGUCAACAAGCGCAACAGCCAACAGAAGAUAAUUAUGGCGAUGAUGCUGCCCGAAGGAAAAAGAUCCGCAAGAUGCACGCCGCUGAGCAGUACGUUUGCGUUACAUGCGGGCGUACGGAUUCCCCAGAAUGGCGCAAGGGCCCCCAAGGGCCAAAAACCCUUUGCAAUGCCUGUGGCUUACGAUGGGCAAAACAAGUACGCACCAAACAGGACGAGGAACAGCCUAGCGCCGGACCUAGCACCUGAAUUCUGUUCCGUGUCGUUCGGCAUGCCGCACCUGCCAGCAUACCGCCUGUCACGAAUUCCCAGUUGACGUUGAGGUCUAGGCUGUAUGGUGGCGUGCGGCUAUCUUAUAAUUGACUCAGAUGCCUGCCGCUGAGUUGUUUUGGACCACUUUAGGGUAUACGAUUCCACCAAUUUUCUUGCAUAGAACACUUUACAUACACGGACACGCACUAUGUAUCUUAGACACUGACAUGAUUGUACCACUUUUUGGAUAA